CUCAUACAUAUAUAAACGGACAUGAAUCUUGGGCUCUCGCAACUUUCACUUUACCCAACUCUUCUGAGUCGCACAUUCUUCAUUCUUGCCAAUGCAUCAUGCUUACUCCCUCCCCAGCAUCUUGCCGAUGCAUCAUGCUUACUCCUUCCCCGGCAUCCCGCCAAUGCAUCAUGCUUACUCCUUCCCCGGCAUCCUGCCAAUGCAUCAUGCUUUCUCCUUCCCCAGCAUCCUGCCACUCCAAUAUAUCGAUACCUACAGCCGCUUUGGACCUUGCCUAGAUCGCAUGCCUUCGGUCAGUCAGCUGUAUCGCCACAGGGCAUUGAAUAAGCAUCAUCCAGUCAAUUCUAUCUACAUCGAUGGACGUGGAAACGACCGGUACGACCCAGCCUUCUCUGCUUUACUCCAUCUCCUUGCCAAGGAGUCUAUCCAUGCGAAAAAUCCCAUCAAGAGUCUGACCAUCGUCGAUCUUGACUGGCGGCGUCUUGUAGACCGUUCCACUUGUAAUGCCGCCUUCAGGUCAUUUUCAGGCAUCAUCUACCUCCGCGUGAAAAAUAUCCGGUGUCGCGUCGAUGAGUUACGGUCCCUCAUCCUUUCGUUCCCUAACCUCGCUAUACUGGACUUGCAAGGCGUCGUCUUUGACGAACAAGAACGGCUUACUCAGCCGGAUGGCGAGCAGCAGUACCCGAAACUUUCUCGACUGACUAUAACUCUCGACGACAACGCCGUCUCGGUUCUGGACCUUUUCCGGACCAUAGUGUCUCCUGGUCAAAUAUACCACCUUGAACUCAAAGGGGCGGACAAAAUUCCAGGGACGGUGGAGGUCAUGCAUCGCAUUGUUUCUCUGUCAAAAGCAGCAUUAAGUCUGGGUAUAGGACACAUAAAUAUGGGUUAUUUUGGUUACGUACGCAUGCCUGGCCCCAUCCUCCAGAUCGCAGGCCUGAACAACCUCACCUUGACGAUCGCCCUAUCUUUUAGCUACAACUAUAUUUUAGCCGUCAGGUGGUGGACAGAAGUGUUCAAAGCUCUUCCUGCUGAGAAUAACCUGCGGAGGUUGACGAUCAGGCUGUCGGGUUCUUGGGCAGACGCUGGAUUGGCCAUCGAAGGGAGGUUGUACAACGACUGGAGAGCCUUGGACGGUGCUUUGUGUAACCCGAGUGUCCAUUUGGACAGUUUUGUUCUUGAGACUCAGAUGUCCGAUCCGGAGAAUACUGGUUUUAAGGUUCAGGUUUGGAUGGAGAAUGAGGGUCUUCGAGGGGUUUUCAAAACUUAUGACGCUAAACAACGAUUUGAAUUCAGGAACAACUGGCCCUAA